AUGGGCUGGGUAGGUGUUGCUACGGUCGUUGCGACGACAUGCUUCAUACUCUAUCGACACCCCCCGGCGAGCUGGUUCCCCGAACCAACUGCCGCCGAUCCAAGUCGUCCCGAACCCGCCUCCGAAGAGAAAGAAGAGAAAGCUGCUCCCCGCGCUGCACGAGACGAAGAGACUGUUCCCAGCACCACACCCGAAUCGCAACCAACAGCACCAAACGAUGAACCCACUGAGGAGUCUCAAACGACCCCGAAAGCAUUUGCGUCAAGCAUCCCGGUCUUAGACGUCCCCUCCUUCCAACUCAGCGACGACGAAACAAAUAAUAAGAGCCCCGCCACCCAGAAAGCGCAGCAAGAUACAACGCCCCAAAUAGCGAUUCCAACAUUAGAACCUCCGUCAAUAACACCAUCCACGCCCUCAAAUGUCAUGGCCGAACCUAACCCGAACCCCAGCCCUUCAGCACAGCCGCCCGUCGCAAAAGACGCCUCCUUAAUGCCCCCUCCCCCUCCUCCCUCAAGGCUACAACCACCAACACUACAAAAACAACACCGGCCACAGCCGAAAAACACCCUCUCUCCACCCGCUGGCCGGCUCGCUCCUCCCCGACCAAGCGCCAGACCAAGCGCCAGCAACACUCUCAGCCCACCCCCGUCAGCCGCAUCGUCCCUCCGAGUACCACAAGGCAGUCGCCCCGCCUCCAGCAUGAACUCUCUAUCCCCGACACCCGUGACCCUCAAACCAGCCAAAAAGGCUUCACAGCGCGCAGUUCUCGAACCGGGGUUCUCCCCUCUGGACUGGGCAGCGCUCACCUCGAACCCGAACCACAAGCUACGCGGCGCGAAUCUUCCACCAAGCUUAAUCAAAGUAACGCCCUCGAUGCUCAAGGCUCAGAACGGCCGGAAGGGUUCAGAUGCAUGGACGUCCUACCAGGGGAAGGUCUACAAUAUCAGCCCUUAUCUCCCCUUCCACCCGGGCGGGAAGGGCGAGCUUCUCAGGGGUGCCGGGAAAGAUUCGGGAAAAUUAUUCCUCGAGGUACACCCGUGGGUAAACUGGGAUGCGAUUCUGGGGGAGUGCUGUGUGGGUAUUCUGGUUUCAGAGAAUGAGGCUGUUGAGACGGAGAAUCAACUUGAUGCGAUGGACUGA